AUCACUCAAUCACUCUCAGAUCCACAUCCCACUCUUUCAACUAAAAAGUUCUCAUGGCUGCUCCCAAUCAUCACGUAGCAUCCCUGCGUUUGGCUCAAGCUGCCAUUUUCAAUGGCAAAGGGUUUGAGGAUGCAGCAGGUUAUGCUCGCUAUCUUCUCCAGUUCCAAGAUCGUCCUCUGCAUCCCUCCAUUAUUCUUGAUCCCUCCAGGUUCAAUAGGUAUGGGAUGGAUAUAUCGCGCCUGAUUAACACUAUUGGCUGGGGUGAUAUUCUUCCAAAUCGAAACUUUGGGUUUCAUCCUGAGGCAGUACGAAUGUUCUAUGCAAACAUGAAGCCUUGCCUUCAUAUUUCUCCUCCAUGCUUCACAACGAUAGUGUACAAUUAUCUGAUCACUAUCAAUGUGGAAUUGCUGUCUCUGUUGCUUGGCAUUCCCAUCGCCGGAGCAGAAGUCAUGAAUGAGUCUGAUUUUCACUCUAUUGAGUUCAAUGAGGGAGACGCUCUGCGUCUGUAUACCCGCGACACAGGUCGCUACUAUCCCUCUGAAUUUCACUCUGGCAGGCUUCCUGAUGAUCUCAAAGUAUUGCAUUUUUACAUAUCCCGAUGCUUUUUGCCUAGAUCCUUUGGGCUCAAUACUAUCUAUCCCUCAUACCUAUGGAUUCUUGCUAGUGCCAAGGAGAAUCAGGUAAUAAGUUACCCUCAUCUAAUGUUCGACCACAUGCUGAACUACCAUGCUAACAACUAUGAUGUCGAGCUUCCCUUCGCUCCACAAAUCACUCAGAACCUGCUGGCCUUAGGAAUAGACCUACGUUUUAAGGUGGCUCGUGUAGAUAUGCUCAGCUCUCUUCGUGAUCAAUUCAUCCUACGUAAGGUGGAUGCAUCUGUUGGCCGUUGUCGCCCUCUGGUCAAUGUUCCAGGGGGAGAAGCAGUUGUUGGAGUUCCCUCACAUCAGGAUGGACUCAGUUUGUCUGAGCUGGUUGGGGAUGAAGCAGAGGAAGAACCGGAUAUGACAGAUCUGGUUGGCACAGUCAGAGAUAAUGGUAAGCGACCAAUGGUGGAUCCUUUGGAGGCUGUUCAAGCCAUGUUCAAGCAGAAGGAAGCAAGCAGCAGCAAUAGGAAUAUGAUGAUGGAGGAUGAAGAUGCUAUAUCAGAUUAUGUGCCUUCACCUAGGUUUUCGUUUAGAGGGAAUAUUAAUCUUAGGGGGAGUCGAGGUUAAGCUUAGGGGGAGUUGAGAAACUGGUCUUUGUGGGGAUUAAGUUGGUAGUUUUUUUUAGAAUAUGCAGUAUCAAUGUUGAAUAAAGCUGUCUUAGCUCA